AAAAUCAAAAGCUACAAGUCAAAAAAGUUGUCCACAAUAGUUGUCCACUGUAAUCUAGUCGAAUUUCCCAAAUAUGCUCACUAUCGUUAAGAAUCAUCCCCAUCGAUUCUCUCCCAAACAGUGACUGGAUUGAGAUAAGACAGAGAGAGAGAGAGGAGAGAGAGAGGAGAGAGAGAGAGAGAGAGAGAAUGGGUAACGAAAGCUCGAAAUCUGGAGUUACAGAGUCCUCCGAUGACUCCAUGGACUCUUCGUCGCGAUUGUCUCGUUUCAAGCAUCGUCUUCACAUUCAUUCGAAACCAGGCGAAGCAGAAGAGGCACACGAUGAAUCCAAAGACGGUUCGAAGGACUCUUCGUCGCGGUUGGCUCGAUUCAAGCAGCGACUUCACAUUCAUUCGAAAUCAGGAGAUACAGAGUCCUACGAUGGCUCCGAGGACGCUUCAAAACAAUCUUCGUCGCGCUUGUCACGUUUCAAGCAGCGACUUCACUUUCGUCACCGUCUUCGUCGUCGUACCAGUGGUUCGAAUUCGAAUCAUCAACAUUCCAAAUUGCUCGAUGCCGAGGAUUUCGCUGGAAUCGCUCUCACCACUCUCAUCAGUGCGGAGAUGAAGUUCAAGGACAAGUGGCUUGCGUGUAUUUCGUUCGGAGAACAGACUUUCCGUACUGAUGUAUCUGAUCACACGGACAAACCCAUCUGGAACUCUGAGAAGAAAUUUCUUUUGGAAAGUAAUGGGCCUCAUGUUGCAAGGAUAUCUGUAUUUGAGACCAAUAGAUUGUCCAAGAACAACCUCGUUGGGCUUUGUGAAGUUGAUCUAUUUGAAUUUCUCACUCAGGAUUCAGAUUCUGACAUUGACCGAUUUGACUUGCUAGAUCCAUCAUCACCUGAUAUGGUCGUUGGCAGUAUUUCUCUUUCGUGUUCUGUUGAGGAUCCAAUUGAAACAGAAAAAGGUUUUGCAAGACGCAUCUUGUCUGUAGUGGACUAUGAUGGAGAUGGGAAGCUCUCAUUCUCUGAGUUCUCUGACUUAAUCAAUGCUUUUGGCAAUCAACUGGCAGCUGAUAAGAAAGAAGAGCUUUUUAAAGCAGCUGAUCAGAACGGGGAUGGUGUUGUUAGCAUGGAUGAGUUGGCUAUCCUUCUUGCUAUUCAACAAGAAAAGGAACCACUAAUCAAUUGCUGCCCUGUAUGUGGUGAAAAUCUUGAAGAUUCAGAUACGCUGAACAAUAUGAUUCAUUUAACCCUGUGUUUUGAUGAAGGGACUGGAAACCAGGUUAUGACCGGGGGUUUCUUGACCGAUAAACAAGCUUCAUAUGGGUGGAUGUUUAAACUAAGUGAAUGGGCCCAUUUUUCCUCCUAUGACGUUGGUUUAAAUUCUGGGUCUAGUGCCUCACAUAUUGUGGUUUUUGAUCGGAGGACAAAGAGGCUAGUGGAGGAAUUACUCGAUGGAAAGAUUGUUCUAUCAAUGAGAGCCAUUUAUCAAUCUAAAUUAGGUCUUGGCCUUAUGGACAAAGGGGCGAAAGAAAUCUUGCAAAGCAUCUCAGAAAAGCAGGGGAAGAAAAUGAAUUCGGUUGAAUCUGCUAGAGAUAUACCAAAGUUCAUUGAAUUUUUCAAGGAUCAAAUCAACUUGGCUGACGUCAAGUACCCACUGGAGCAUUUUAAGACAUUUAACGAAUUUUUUAUAAGAGAGUUGAAACCUGGUGCAAAACCAAUUGCUUGCAUGGAACGUGAUGAUGUUGCUGUAUGUGCUGCUGAUAGCCGCCUAAUGGCAUUCACAAAUGUUGAAGAUAGUCUAAGAUUUUGGAUUAAGGGUCGAAAGUUUUCUAUUCAAGGUCUUCUGGGGACAGAAAUAUACUCCACUGCUUUCAUGGAUGGAUCCUUGGUGAUAUUUCGAUUGGCACCACAGGAUUAUCAUCGUUUCCAUUUCCCAGUAUCUGGAACCAUUGAAAAUUUUGUUGAUAUACCUGGAUGCUUAUAUACGGUUAACCCUAUUGCUGUAAAUAGCAAGUACUGCAAUGUAUUCACUGAGAAUAAGCGGGUGGUAUCUGUUAUUUCAACAAGAGAUUUUGGAAAGGUAGCAUUUGUAGCAAUUGGAGCUACAAUGGUUGGCAGCAUCACCUUUACGAAGAAGAAGGGGGAUCAUGUCCAGAAAGGAGAUGAGUUUGGAUAUUUCUCAUUUGGUGGAAGUACCGUCAUCUGCAUGUUUGAAAAGGAUACAAUAAAGAUAGACAAGGACCUCUUGGCAAAUAGUGCAAGAUCACUUGAGACCUUAGUUUCUGUUGGAAUGACUUUGGGUGUCUCCACAAAGAAAUCCUGAAAUUGGGUUGCCAAACUUGGAGAAAUGUGUUUUACAGGCUUGAGAUGAAUACCGCCAUUUCAGACUCAUCGUUAGCCCUGGACUUUGUAAAUACUAAAUGUUAGAUAUUAGUCUUGCUGAUGCUUAGCUAUUCAUUGUUGUCAAUUAUGGAAACAGUUGUUAAUCUCCACCUUCGUUUGUAGAUAUAUGCACAGAAAAUAAUCCUAUUUUGUACCAUGUGAUAUUUUGGAUUCAAUUUGAUUUUCUGGUGAUUAGUUGCAGUCAUCUUGCAAAGGAUGGAAACAGAUGCUGAUGAUAACUGUUUCUUCGCUUUUAAAUUUA